UUGAGUGGACAUCAGUUCUUUACACAGACCUUUGUUUGUUAAUAUACAACUCAAACUCCUCUAGAAAAAGGCCUAUGCUUCUCUCCGUGUGGUAAGUGAAGUGUGACCAUUUGCGCAGUUGACACCUCAACACACUCCUGCUUGUGGAGCAUGCUUGCGCACCUCAGAACCACGCGUCGCCUGCCAGCCUGAAGGUGUGAAGGGACAAUUUGGCACGAGCUGCGUUUCAUUUAUAAAUGGUUACCUCGAUCGCAGACACACUUCACCAGACUCCGAGGACUGAGCACUCGCGUUUAACCCACAGGAACACUUAUGGAAUACUCUACCCGUAUGACUCGGGCUAUGGAGAUAAGCCUGAAUUCUCCCUUUGGACAUACUGGAUAUAAUAAUGAAAACACAACUCACGAGCGUGCUCUGUUUUGGAGACCGUGGGCACAAGGACCGCUUGAACAAAGGACGGACUCUCAUGAGUCAUACGUCAAACCCCUGCUUGAAUUAUCAGAUGCCAAGAAACCCAAAAACGUUGUCCAUCCUUCCAAGUUGUUCUGGCCUAGAUCCAACUGCUACGAUUACCUGUAUCAGGACGCCGAGGCGUUGCUCUCGAACUAUCCCGUCCAGGCGACCAUCUGUCUAUACACAGACUCUAGCAGCGACGAACAAGGCAGUGAGGAGGAGGACGAGAAAGAAAUGAACUAGACAAUUAUGAAUGAAAAGAUGGAGCGUAAUAUAUUCUAUAACUUAUUUCUGUGCAUAAAUUGUAAAUAUACGUAAUGUAAUGGAUACAUAUCAGCACUUUUAUUUUUGUAACACUCUUGCAGGGUAUCACUAUGUAUAUGAAGAUUUCUCUAAUAUCAAUAACUUAAUAAAAUAAAUCUCUAAAAAGAAACCUUUUCCUCUGUUUUCCCAAUCCCUAUUUAGUUAAGUUAAGCUUGCGCCAUUAUUCCACUGUUCCAUAUGUUGUCAUUCAGAUGGCCUAUAUUGGUUGAAAACCAACUCUGUAGGACAGU